CAGGUUGCUUGUUAAGAUCAGAUCCUUAGUCUGCAGCCGCUCAGCUGGUUACGUUCCUCUGAUUCGGAGAAGCCAUUCAUAUCUUGAGAGCUGAUCAGCCUGCAGAGACGAUGACCCUGUUGACCAUCCAUCCGUACGUCACCGGUCUGCUCGUGUGGAUUAUACAGUUAUCCGGUUCGUUGGUUCCAGCUGAAGCUACUGAUCUCCGAUAUCCUUCCAACAGCUCCGACCCCGAUCUCAUGCUCGAUGUCGGGAUCCCCAGGCACAGGAGAAAACGUUACAUUUCUGCCAGAGACUUGAGUGCCUUGUUGGACUACCAUAACCAAGUGAGGUCAAAAGUGACCCCUCCAGCUGCUAAUAUGGAAUACAUGGUUUGGGAUGAAAAGCUGGCGAAGUCUGCAGAAUCCUGGGCUAAGCAGUGUAAAUGGGAUCACGGUCCCAGCCAGCUCAUGCGCUUCAUAGGACAGAAUCUCUCCAUUCACUCUGGAAGGUAUCGGUCAGUGGUAGACCUUGUGAAGGCAUGGUACGACGAGAGACAGCACUACUCUUUCCCGUACCCACAAGAGUGCAACCCCAGCUGUCCGAGCAAAUGCAGCGGCUCGGUCUGCAGCCACUACACCCAGAUGGUGUGGGCAUCAUCAAACAGAAUUGGCUGUGCCAUUAACACAUGCACCAAUAUCAAUGUUUGGGGCAGCACGUGGAGACGAGCAGUAUUACUCGUGUGCAAUUACUCAAUAAAGGGUAACUGGAUAGGUGAAGCUCCGUACAAACUGGGAAGGCCCUGUUCAGCUUGUCCACCGACCUACGGAGGCGUCUGCAGCAAAAACAUGUGUUACUCCGGAGUAAAGUCUAAUAAACUAAGCUGGUUUUAAAAUAUUUAAUGGGGCACAACCGGAGCAGAUGUUUUAGCAAAAGGUAAAGCUCUGGAUGUUUAUUUGCGAGUUUGGUACGAGUGAUGGAAGUUGACGUUGGAAGGUAGAUAUUUAUCUUAAAAUUAUUUCACCACCACUAUGAUUUUUUUUGGUUUCGGUAGACGCCGCUGCCUUGGCAUGUACAGCCUUUCCGUACCAAAAUAAAAAUGGCGGGGUGGGUAAUUUUUGUAGACCCAAGGUGCUACUCUUGACUCUUCUUGGCCAAACUGUGGGAACUUCCUAGGGUAGAAUACUUGGAGCUCUUCCUCUGCUGGGGUAGUGACUUUGUGAGGGGCGGGGAUUGUUAGAUGUAGAGGCGGGGCUAGUCAU